UGUGGGCGUGGCUCCAGGGAGAGCAAUGCAGGACGUCCGCCGCGUGGGACGUGCUGUCUUAGGAUCGGCAUGCUCCGCCGCGCCGGCGCCUGGAGGGUCCUUCGUGGGGCGCUCGGCUCUCGGGUUCCCAACGUCUCCAGAGCUCUGAUCGCGCACAGCAGCGGCGGCCGCGGAGACGCUGAGCCGAGGCCGCUGCCGCUGUCCUACAAACUUCUUGAUGGGGAGGCGACCCUCCCGGCCGUCGUCUUCCUGCACGGGCUCUUUGGCAGCAAGACCAACUUCUCCUCGAUCGCUAAGGCGGUGGCCGGGCAGACGGGCCGCCGGGUGCUGACUGUGGACGCUCGGAACCAUGGUGACAGCCCCCACAGCCCCGAUGUCAGCUAUGAGGCCAUGAGCCAGGACCUACAGGACCUGCUGCCCCAGCUGGGCCUGGUCCCCAGCAUCCUCAUUGGCCACAGCAUGGGAGGAAAGACUGCCAUGCUGAUGGCACUACAGAGGCCAGACCUGGUAGAACGUCUGAUAGCUGUGGACAUCAGCCCUGCACCCACUACAUCCGUCUCUGAUUUCAAAGCCUACAUGACAGCCAUGAAGGCCAUCUCCAUCCCACAGAAGGUGCCCCGCUCCCAGGCCCGCAAACUGGCGGAUGAGCAGCUCAGGCCCAUAGUACAGGACACGGCAGUCCGGCAGUUCCUGCUCACCAACCUGGUGGAGGUGGACGGGCACUUCUCAUGGAGGGUGAACCUGGAUGCCCUGGCCCAGCACUUGGACCAGAUCAUGGCCUUCCCUCCACAACAGCAGUCCUACCCUGGCCCAGCCCUCUUCCUCCUUGGUGGGAACUCCCAGUUUGUACAGCCCAGCCAUCACCCUGAGAUUUGGCGGCUCUUCCCCCGGGCCCAGAUGCAGAUGGUGCCUAAUGCGGGCCACUGGGUUCACGCCGACCGCCCACAGGACUUCAUGGCUGCCGUCCGGAGCUUCUUGGCCUAAGAUGGAGACCCCAGGCUUCACAUCCACGUGGCUGGCCCCCGCUUCUACGUAUGACUCAGGCAAGGCACUGAGCAUGUAUGAGGGUGCAGAGGCAGGGGAAU